GCGACCUGCCGCCCCUCGCCCGCACCGACGAGUCGGCACGGCUGUCCAGAGCGCCAUGUCGGGUUCCUCUAGCGUCGCCGCCACGAAGAAGGUGGUUCAGCAGCUCCGGCUGGAGGCCGGGCUCAACCGCGUGAAGGUUUCCCAGGUAGCUGCAGACUUGAAACUGUUCUGUCUGCAGAAUGCUCAACAUGACCCUCUGCUGACUGGAGUGUCUUCCAGUACAAAUCCCUUCAGACCCCAGAAAGUCUGCUCCUUUUUGUAGUCCGCUAUCUUGAGGUUUCUUAAACCAGUGGCUAUUGAAGAGAACUAGAUCUGGAGUCUGUACAGAAGCUUCUCUAACGCGUGCCAUAAUACAGUCUUUGCUUGUCAAUCCUUAACGUCUACCUCUCUGAAUCUUCAUGGAUUUCUGUUUCACAAGGUUUAACUAUUUUAUAUACACUGGCUGUAGCGUACAAUAAAA